GCGGCGGUAAUUGCUGUGUGAUGCAAUUAGCGCGAAAGCUCUCGCCGUUUGCUUGAAAUUUAAAUAAAUAAAGAAAAAAACGAAGGUUAAAGAAAUAAUAUUCGUGAGUGAGGUUUUUCCGGGGCAUCAUUAUCGAAAAAAUAUUCAGUGUCAUCAUCGUUGUCGUCGCUGUGUACGUCGCGCGUAGAACCCGAGAGAGAGAGAGGCUUAUGAAACCAUGGCAUCGAGCACCGACAACAUCAUCGACCACCAACAACGAGACUCGCGUCGUUUUCAAGAAAAUGAGAGAAAGGAGCCACAACCAACUUUGAAAUUGGAUGUCCAACGACCCGUACUUGAGGAGCAAGAUUUACGGCUGUUGUACCAAUAUGAAAAACCUAAAGAAUCUGUGAUACAAAGUGUAAAGAAAAUCGUAAGAAACUCAAAUUGUAAAAAAUGCAUUCAAAGUACCAUACCAGCCACUUACUGGCUUAGAAAAUACAAGUGGAAAAACGAUUUUAUUUAUGAUACAAUAUCCGGCAUUACUGUAGCUAUAAUGCAUAUACCUCAAGGUAUGGCUUAUGCACUAUUAGGAAAUUUGACUCCUGUUGUUGGGAUAUACAUGGCAUUCUUUCCUGUCCUUAUGUACUUCUUUCUUGGUACUUCCAGACACGUUUCUAUGGGAACAUUUGCAGUAGUAUGCUUAAUGACGGGUAAAACAGUAAGUACUUACGCGACACAUACUGACACCAUCAACUAUUACUUGGCAAAUAAUAUGACUAGACAAGAGGGGUAUCAUUUGUUAAAUAAUUCAAAUAAUGUUGAAAUUUAUACACCAGUACAAGUUGCCACUGCUGUCACAUUUAUGGUUGGAUUAUUUCAAAUUAUCAUGUACAUAUUUAGAUUAGGAGCUAUUAGUACCUUGUUGAAUGAAGUUCUUGUAAAUGGUUUUAUAUCUGGAGCUGCUGUGCAAGUUUUGUUAUCGCAAGUAUAUGAUCUCAUAGGAUUAGAUACAAAAAAGCCAAAAGGGUACUUUAAGCUAAUCAAAAUGAUUGUUAUCAUUUUCACUGAUAUAAGCCUUAUGAACAAGAAUGCCUUGAUAAUAUCAUUGAUUACUUGCUCUAUAAUGAUAUUUAAUAAUCAAUUUAUAGCCCCAUGGCUGAGCAAACGAUGCAGUUUUCCAGUGCCUAUAGAAUUAGUAGCUGUAAUUGUCGGUGCAUUGGUCUCUCGUUUCUUUGAACUACCAACUUUGUACGGCAUAAAAGUUGUGGGGCACAUACCUCCAGGAAUACCUGAACCUCAGUUGCCAGCCUUCAAUUUACUUCCUAAGAUUGCUUUGGAUAGCUUUGCAAUAACAAUUAUCUCCUACACUGUGACAAUGUCGAUGAGCUUAAUUUUUGCCAAAAAGUUGCACUACGAGGUCGAUUCUAAUCAAGAAUUACUCGCAAUGGGUGGCAGUAAUUUGUUUAGCGCUUUUUUCUGCUGCAUGCCCGUCUCAGCGUCGUUGAGUAGAUCUUUAAUUCAGCAGCGCGUGGGAGGCAAGUCCCAAUUAGCUAGUAUAGUUUCUUGUUUGCUUUUGUUGGUGAUACUCCUUUGGAUUGGCCCGUUUUUCGAGCCGCUACCAAGAUGUGUCUUGGCUUCAAUUAUCGUUGUGGCUCUUAAAGGAAUCCUGGUGCAAGCCAAAGAUUCGAUAAAGUUUUGGAAAUUGAGCAAAGUCGACGGUCUUGUGUGGACAGUUACCUUCCUCUCGACCAUGUUAAUUGGUAUCGACGUCGGUUUGAUUAUCGGCCUGCUGGCGUCAAUCACGAGUAUUUUCAUCCAAAGCGUGAGGCCGUACAGUUGUUUGCUCGGUCAUGUUCCAAACACGGAGUUAUACCUCGAUACCAGCCGCUACAUAGGAGUAGCCGAAAUUUUUGGAGUCAAAAUAUUCCAUUACUCGGGAAGCUUGAGCUUCGCCAACGCAAGCCAACUCGGUCCGAAUAUACAAGCCAAAGUGGGCGUAGAGCCACGCAAGAUACUCAAGUACCGAGCCAAGUUGAUGAAACGCAACGGAAACGCCUACGCGGAGUCAAGCGAGUUCGAGAACCGGUGCACCCUUCGCUGCAUCGUCGUAGACAUGAGCGCCGUGUCGUCGAUAGACUCCGCCGGAGUAGCGGCUCUUCACGACGUUGUCUCGGAGUUUGCGAGUAUCGACGUACCCGUUUACUUGGCCGGGUGUCUGGGAUCUGUGUAUGAUCUGAUACACAAGUGCGACAUCCUGAAAAUCGGUGAGCUUGGUUUCACAGUUUUCGCUACGGUACACGACGCGGUGUUUUUCGCGCAACGCGAGCUCUGCUGAUGUGCGCGACGUAUAAUAUACAUAUAUAACGUUGCGUUAGUUUUGUUUCGUUGUUGUGGAGGUACAUAUUUUUGUACGAUUUAUUUUCUUUGUCCUCCUUCUUUCACGACAAAAUAUUUCCAAUGAUUCGCCUUCCCACAUCAGAAGCAAAUUUCUUGUUCCUAUGACUCCUUCCACCUUUGCCCUUAAUCAGUGCAUCCACGUUGUUCUUAUUCGGCAUCUUUGCGGCAUUCCGGUCCGCCGGCUCUAUCGAGAGACCAAUAUCAAAGUCCCUCUGGUAGAAGAGUUCCUUCUCCCCCAAUAAUCUUUUCUUGAUCGAUUCACUCGCUAUACUUUACACGAAUUGGUUGCAUCGGCUAUUAUCUAGUCCGGCACCAAAAUUCACAGUCUUACGACAGCCUCUUCAAACUCGCAAGGUAUGUUUUGACAUCUUCUCUAGGCUGUUGCCAGUACUCUUUAAAUUUAUAACGCUUCGUGAUCACACGUGGUGCGCAUUGCAGGUGUUCUCUCAUAGUUUUUUUCCAGUUGUUCACAACGGAAAUUAUUAUAAUAUUAUAUCUCUAUGAAAUUAACCGGCAACGCUGGCCAAUCCAAAUUUCUUAAGAGCUCGCAUGCUUCUUUUCCAGUUAAAGUCAUUAGUAAGGGAACUUGUUGCUCGCUACUUCGCUCACUAUGUAAAAUAUUGUUGGAAACAUUCAAGCCACAUUGAUCAGUUUUCAUCCAACACAAAUUCGCUUAGGCUGCCAAUUGUCUUGUGAUAACGGUGUGUGUGACAACCUAUGUCGAUCCUGUUAAAUGGCCGUUGGCAACUUCCUUUGUUUUUCCUUCAGCCUGUGUUUUUCUUGCUCAUUGGCUUUUUGCUGCGCCACAUCAUCAAGAAAGACUCCCUCUGGUCUUUGGUGAACUUCUAUCAACGAUUUUUCAUAAUAAGACAUCUUGCGCUCUCUUAUUAAUUUUCUUUAACUAUUUUUUCUAACUCUGUGCUGUUAGCGCGCGAUUCACGAAAAAAUCGCUCACUCUCAAAUUUCUCCGUAUAUACUUAUCGAUUUACCUCGUUGCCAACUGUAAUGUCCAUGCGUGCAAAAUAAGAGUAUGGUAACUUUUAAUAAUUAUUGUAUUAAGAAGGUACCGGUGUAAGGAACUGCCUCAUUUGAGGAGCUGACUAUGUGCUAACGUCAUGCGACUUAAGUAGUCACUUUGGGUGAGAUUAGGUCCACUAUAGCCCACUACCGUCUCGCGGUGAAAACGAGCAAUCGUACUUGUGUAUGUCCCGACCGUAUACUGAACCAUGCUGCUUAUUAUCGAUAGCGCCAAUUCAGUUCGAUUGGGACAUCGGGAAUAAUUUUUGCUAAUGCAGCUCUGCGGUCAGCAGACUGCCAUGCAGACUCCAUCUAAACCCAAUAACCCUUUAUGCUUUCGUGCUGACACAACAUGUAUGUACAGUUAUGACACGUCGAAUGCACAAAUUUACUUCACUACAGAGAAUAUUUUUGUACUAUAAUAAACUGGUGUAAUUCUUGACUCCCGUACAUAUAUUUUGAAUGUUUUUUUUAAAUUUUUACAUCAAUUAAAAAUAUAUUGUUUUUUGUAAAUAUUGUUGACCAAUGUGACAAGAUUAUAUUAGGCUAAACCGAAAGAACUUUAUCAAAGCAAUGUUCCGUAGUUUUCCAAAGAUUCCUCAUACAAUUACGAUGUAUCAAUCAAAGUUCGAGUUACCAGAUAAUUGUUUCAAGUACAAGUAAUUGUGUUAGUAUAAUUGAUAGAUCUCUGAAAAGUGGUAUAUGUAUUUUUAUAAUGAAGGUUUUAGAAUUAAAUACUUAAAGCAAAAUACAAUGUACUACUUAAUAUUCCAAAAUAUUUAAAAAAUGUUGUUCAUAUAAGUACGUUAAUUACUACAAGUUUUACGUGAAGAAUCACAGGAUAAUCAAUAAUUUACUUAAUUUACAGUAAUUGACGAAAAUAAUGAAAUUAGUGUUAAGUAGCGUGAAAUAUUGAUUUUUUUCAUUUUAGGAAAACAUGUUAUACUUAAGUAUAGAUAAAAAGCCCGUCUACGACUAGACGGACUUGUGAUCGCGAGGCCCAUGUUUCAUUUCUUGACCUCUGCCUUGUUACGUGCGUGUUAACUAAGUAAAAUGGUGUUUAAAGGAAUUUGUACAUAAUAAAAAAAAAAAAAAGAUUUAGAUGUUUUUACGACUCUCUAUAAAAAAAAAUAUUU